GGCGAAAUUGAUUACUCUUCCCAUACUCCAACUCUUUCUUUUCUUGAUGGUCGCCGUCCUCAUUUCCAUUCCCAAAUGUUUCUCUCAACAGAGUCCUAGUUAUCUGGAUUUUGUGGUGAAUGCGACGCAGUUGCCGCCGGAGGAAUACUAUGAUUACAUCGUCGUCGGAGGCGGCACGGCCGGGUGUCCACUGGCGGCGACAUUGUCGGAGAGGUUUAAAGUUCUGGUUCUUGAGAGAGGUGGUGUUCCGUACGGGAAUCCCAGUUUGAUGACCCAAGAAGGGUAUUUCACGGCGCUAACGAAGACCGACGCCUAUGACUCCCCCGUCCAAGCUUUCACGUCGCAAGAGGGGGUGCCGAACGCCAGAGGCCGCGUUCUUGGCGGCGGUAGCACCAUAAACGCCGGUUUCUACAGCCGGGCGAACAGGGAGUUUUACCGGAGGUCCGGGAUUAGCUGGGAUUUAAGAAUGGUGAACCAGUCGUACGAGUGGGUAGAGAAGCUUAUUGUUUUCCGGCCGGAGCUCAAGAACUGGCAGGUGGCGGUGAGGGAUGGGUUCCUGGAAGCUGGGAUUAAUCCCUACAAUGGGUUCAGCUUAGAUCACGUUGUUGGCACCAAGAUUGGAGGAUCCACUUUUGAUAGCUCCGGCCGCCGCCACAUCUCGGCGGACCUUCUCAACUAUGCAAACCCUUCCAACAUCCGUGUGGCGGUGCAUGCUAGCGUGGAGAGGAUUCCCUUGAAUUCCGGGGGUUCCGGUCCCGGUUCUCCGGCGAAACACGCGGCCACUGGGGUGGUUUUCCGGGACCAGAACGGGCUGCUUCACCAUGCUAUGGUGAGGGGAAAAGGUGAAGUCUUGCUCUCCGCCGGAGCACUGGGUAGCCCCCAGCUCCUCCUUCUGAGUGGCAUUGGCCCAAGACAAUACCUUUCUUCUCUGGGCAUUCCUGUAUCCUUAAACUCACCUUAUGUAGGGCAGUUCUUGUUUGACAAUCCAAGAAAUGGGAUCUCCAUUGAUCUUCCAUUGCCACUGGAGAAUUCUGUGGUUCAAGUUGUGGGAAUCACAAGCUCUGGGACAUACCUAGAAGCAAUCUCAAAUGUGUUCCCUCUUGCCCCCACAAUCCUCCCAAUCUUUGUGAGAACCCCAUCUUUCCACACAGUGGCCACAAUCUUGGAGAAAGUUGUGGGGCCCUCUUCUGCAGGGGAACUCAGGCUGGCAUCAACUGAUGUUAGGGUGAACCCAGUGGUCCGUUUCAAUUACUUCAGUGACAUGGAAGAUCUCCAGAGGUGUGUGAAUGGGAGCAGGAAGAUUGGGGAUGUUCUGAGAACCACUUCCAUGGAAGGCUUCAAAUUUGGUGGCAGGGAUUUCAUGUAUGUUGGCUCUGCAUUGCCCUCUGAUCUAUCCAACGACGCGCUUAUGGAGGAGUUCUGCCGCCAAACUGUGGCCACCAUGUGGCAUUACCAUGGUGGGUGUGUUGUGGGGAAGGUGGUUGAUACAAAGCUGAGAGUGAUGGGAGUCGAAGGCCUCAGAGUUGUGGAUGGCUCCAUAUUCACUGUCUCUCCAGGGACUAAUCCCCAAGCCACUCUUCUUAUGAUGGGAAGGUACAUUGGUAUGCAGAUGCUGAGGGAGAGAUUUGAUUAGAAGAGAAUGAUCAUUUUUAAUUUGUGAGAGAAUUGAAGCAAGUGUUUGUUUUCUUCUGUGUUUUGGUUACAGCCCACACCAAAAAGUCAAAAACCAAUAAUCAGUUUCAGUCUUGGGCUUUACAUUUUCCUAUUGGAUUCCCUUAGACCCAGUUUCUCCUCAACUAUUAAGUUAAUCCGUUGAUUCGACCGAUAACCUUAAAAUCUUGUUCUAGUUACAUUCCUAUGUGCAGUAUUGUGGAAGUCUAGGAUGGCUAAA